UACUUAGACAAAAUUACACUAAACGAUUGCAACACAUUUACUUCACCAGCAUCAGAAACUUCCAUGGUAGCAAAAGAUCAAAAUGGCACUGGAAUGCAUCGAAAGGAUGGAUUGUCAAAACCUCAACGAGAGGGGAAUAAUGCUUUCAUUCCAUCAAUUCCAGGAGUUUCAUCACCUAAAGGAGUUCAGAUUGACAUUUCAAAACUGGAGGCUGCAGCUAAAAAGACUUAUCUUGCAGGCACUGCUACACCAGCGGGACCGUUGUCAUCUCAGAGCAAUCAAACUGUUCCUUCAGCAGCAGCACCAGGAGUCUUGCAAGAUAGGGAGACCAAAAUAGAAACUGUUCAACGGAAGUUUGAUGGAGCUAGGACUCGUGAAUGGGAUAUCCUAAAAAGCAUUGUGUAUGGUGGUUUAAUCGAGUCAAUCACAAGCCUUGGUGUGGUUUCAUCUGCAGCUGGUUCUGAGGCUGCCACAUUGAAUAUUGUUGCUUUGGGAUUGGCAAAUCUGAUCGGCGGACUAUUCGUGAUUUCUCAAAAUCUUAAGGAGCUGAGAAAUGAACAACAUAGUGCCAAUGAUCAAAGCGAACAAAAUCUUGAUCGGUACCAGGAAAUACUUGGGCAGAGAGAAAAUUUCUGGCGGCAUGUGGUUGUUGCAGUCUUUUCAUACAUCAUAUUUGGGCUAAUUCCACCUGUGAUUUAUGGCUUCUCAUUCCGAAAGACUGAUAACAAGGAGUACAAGCUUAUAGCGGUUACUGCAGCUUCUCUUCUAUGCAUCGCUUUGCUUGCAAUCGGCAAGGCCCAUGUCCGAAAGGCACCAAAGACCUACAUUAAAACCUUGUUGUACUAUGUUGGCGUUGGGAUGCUGGGGUCAGGCCUCUCGUAUGUAGUGGGCCAGCUGAUCAAGAAGCUUUUGGAGAAGCUUGGGUGGUUCGACUCCGGUGCAGCUAACCCAGUGUCUGUAUUUGUGGAAACAAGGUCAAUGAGGUCGAGAUGGGCAUCUUAUUGAUGGUGGGCUCACUUGGGAGUUGGCUGGUCGCAGGACUCAAGGUUGAGGCACAAAAUCAAUUGAGUACCAUCUCUGGGCCCAAGUCCCUGUCAUUGGCAAUUUUAGUGUAUGAUUUUCACCAACUAUUAGGAAAUUUCUUUUAAUCUGUUCCACAAUUUCGUAUUUUCUGUUGUAUUAUUUGGAUUGAAAAAAAAAACAAAAAAAAAACAAAUUCGGUGGCA